GUGUGCGUGAAAGCCCGCAGCUUCAAACCCUUGGCCGUAAACCUGGACCUCCUGAGGGCCCCCGUGAAGGCCCUGGGCGUGGGCUGGUGGGAAGCUGUCGUCUUGACCACUGAGGGGGAGCUCUGGGCCUGGAACUUCUUCGAACAGAGGGGCAACUCCGUGGCUCCAGCUCUCUACAAGUACGAACUGGCUGCGGGGCUUUUUGCCCGCCGCCUUUGCGUCGUUUCUUCUCCUCUUUUUUGCGGAGUUUUGGCGGAGUUCAAUCCCAAGACAAAAGGGGAUUCCAAAGACCCCAAACUGGCCCGCAGGGCCUCCCGGGGGGCCCCCGGGGGCCCCCAGGGGGCCCCCUGGGGGCCCCCCAGGGGCCCCCCUCGGGGGCCCUCAACUGCUGCCGCCCGCCAGUACCCAGACUUCAGGAAAGAGGGACUUUUGGGGGUGGACUAA